GAGGAGGUGAUAAAAACCACCUGAAACAAGAAAAGGAAGCACAGGGGGAAUUGUCCAGAGCUCAAGGCCACCGCAGAACCUUCCCCCUUGAUUUCAAGACCUUUGUUUGGAAGGGAAUUGGAUCUGAGCACCUCUUGGGGAACAUAAUCCCGAAUUCCCCCAAAUGCCUCAGCACUGGCUAGUCACGCUGAGCUGCCUUGCAGUCUCUCUUCUCCUCCCCGCAGCUGUUGGCACCCAAAGAAGAGAAGCCUGUGAUUGCAAUGGGAAAUCCAGACAGUGCAUGUUCGACGUCGACUUACUCAGACGAACAGGAAAUGGCUACCGGUGCCUCAAUUGCAUUGACAACACAGAGGGAGUUAAUUGUGAGCGGUGUAAGGAGGGCUUCUAUCGUCAGCGUCAUCAAAAUCAUUGUGUGUCCUGCAGCUGCAACCCCACAGGUUCUACCAGCAUCCAGUGCGAUAUCCAUGGACGGUGCCACUGCAAACCUGGUGUGACAGGAGAUAAAUGUGACCGAUGCCAGCACGGUUUCCGUUCCUUCUCAGAGGCUGGCUGCACACCAGCUGGCCAAGUACAGAUCUCUGGAUGUGAUUGCGAUCCUGCGGGAAGCACAGGGCAAUGCAUUUCAGGACGUUGCGUCUGCAAGGUGGCAGUUGCAGGAGAUCGAUGUGACAGUUGCAAGCAGGGCUAUUAUAACCUAGAUGCGGGAAAUCCAGAGGGCUGUUCUCGAUGUUUCUGUUACGGACACUCAGCUACAUGCUCUAGUGCAGAAAAUUAUAGCAUCCAUAGAAUCACCUCUUCCUUCCAGCAAGAUGAUGAUGGCUGGCAAGCACAAGGAAACGGGUCACCUUUGCACCUCCAAUGGUCUUCACAUCAUAAGGAAGUUUAUGUGGGAACAAGAAGGACAGACCCCGUCUAUUUUGUGGCUCCAGCCAGGUUCCUGGGGAACCAGCGACUGAGUUAUGGGCAGAUGCUGUCUUUCGAUUAUCGUGUGAACCGACCUGGACGCCGACCUUCGCAGCUUGAUGUAGUCUUGGAAGGAGCUGGUCUCAAAAUCGCUGCCCCACUCAUGCCUAAUGGAAGGAUGCUGCCUUGUCGAACCCGCAAGACCUACACAUUCAGGCUGGAUGAGCACCCAAGCAGCAACUGGAGUCCUAGGCUGAGUAGCACAGAGUAUCACCGAUUAAUUGAGAACCUGACAGCCCUUCGGAUCAGAGCCACUUAUGGAGACAGCACUGGGUACCUCAGUAACGUCGUUCUGAUUUCGGCACAGCCCAUGCCUGGCACCCCAGCGCCCUGGGUGGAGCGAUGUGAAUGUCCAGCUGGAUACCAGGGGCAGUUCUGUGAGAAAUGUGCUGCAGGAUACAAGAGAGAGAAUUCUACUAGACUCAGGGCUCUCCGCAACUGUGUGCUGUGCAACUGCCAGGGAAGUGGAAUCUGUGAUCCGGAUACCGGAGAUUGCUAUUCCGGAGAUGAAAACAAGGAGCACAUUAGUGCCACCUGCCCGACGGGCUUCUACAGUCUCCCUUGGAGCCCACAGAGCUGCCGGGCCUGCCCGUGCCGGAGCGGUUAUGGCUGUUCAGUGCUUCCAGGGACACAGGAGGUUGUUUGCGAUAACUGCCCUUCUGGAGCCAGUGGAUCUCGCUGUGAGUCGUGUGUCGAUGGCUAUUUUGGAGACCCCUUAGGCGAGAACGGCCUAAUACAGCCCUGUCAACCAUGCCAGUGUAACAACGUUGACCCAAAUGCUUCUGGGAUUUGCAACCACUUGACAGGGGAAUGCAAGUGCAGGGAUGGAUUCUUCGGAAAUCCUUUAUCCCCAAAUCCAGCAGAGAAAUGCCGAGCUUGCAAUUGCAAUUCGGUGGGUUCUGAGCCCCUGCGGUGUCACAGCGACGGGAGCUGCAUUUGUAAGCCUGGAUUCGAAGGGCAAAGCUGUGAGCACACCCGUUGUCCAGCCUGCUAUGGUCAAGUGAAGACUCAGGUAGAUCAGUACCUCCAGCAACUGCAGGGACUUGAAGUGCUCAUCAAUCAGGUGCAGACCAGUGGAGGACGCGGCGAUAGCGCAGAGCUGGAGAGGAAGAUGAGAUUGGCUGAGGAGAUGCUCCAGCAAGUCCUGAGAGAAGCCCAGAGCUUACAAGCUUCUGACAGGUCCUUGGGAAGUCGCCUGUCCAAGAUGAAGGCUCAAGAGUUCAGCUACCAGAGUCGCUUGGAUGAGAUAAAUGAGACGACCAACCGGCUGCAGUCUCUGGGCACUCAGUACCAGACCCAGGUGCAAGAUGCCAGGAGGCUCGUGGAGAGAGCUCGCUUGGAUUUGGAGCAGAGCAAGGCGAAGAUGGGAGGCAUGAGUAUUCCAUCUCCAGACAUCCCUGGAAGUUCAAACACUUUUUUAAUCCUGGCCCAAGAAGCCAUGAAGUUAGCAAACAACCACAUGCAGCUGGCAAAUACUAUUGAGCAAGCAGCCAGGGCAGCAGAAGAUGCCUCCAAACAGGCACUGGCGUUCCUGCAGUCCUCUGCGAAGGGGGAAGGCAUCAUCCCGACAAGCACUGUGCAAGGCCUCCAGAAAAAAUAUAAUGAGGUAAAGUUGCUCUCAAGUGAACUGGAGGCUGAUGCCGGCAGAGCUGCAUCUAAUGCUGACAAGGCCUAUCAGGGUAGCCAACUGCUGCUUGGCUCUCUGGCUCGUUUACCAAAGAUUGACACAAGCUUCUUUCAGGAGGAGGCCAGUCAGCUCCGUCAGAAAGCAGACUCUUUAUCGGGCUUAGUGGAAACAUACAUGGCGGAGUACAAGCGGCUACAAAGCAACUCAGGGACUUGGGAGGAAGAAAUGAAAGAACUCUUGCAAAAAGGAGAAAAUGACAAACUGACGUCAGUCCAACUUUUGUCUCGCGCCAACCUUGCCAAGAGUAUGGCCCAGCGGGCCCUGAGUGCUGGCAAUGCCACCUUUGAUGAAGUUGAUGGCAUCUUGAAGAAUCUGAGGGAAUUUAAUCUUCAAGUAGGUGACAAGCAAGAAGAAGCCCAAAAGGCCAUGCAAAGGCUCCCUCUCAUCACCAACAUGGUGGCCAGUGCCAAUGAAAAGACAAGGCGUGCAGAAGCAGCCCUGGGCACUGCCGUCACAGAAGCCGAGGCAGCCAGGAGAAUGGCUGGGGAAGCCAAGGAGAUGGCUGGGGGCAUCAAUCAGGAGAUUAGAAAGCUGGCCUUAGAGGCAAAUAGGUCGGCAGAUGGAGUGCUAGCCUUGGAGAGGGGCCUAAUGUCUCUGCAUCAAGAGGCAAGAGGGGUGGAAGACCAGUUGCAGCAGAAGACACUGGAGGUUGACGCAGAUGCCACCGAGGCACAGAAAGCUUUUCAGCAGUCCCAGAGGGCCAGGGCAGGUGCUGAGAGUGCUGGGAAUGCUGUCCAAGAAAUGCUCAGUGCCCUAGAAGAUGUCUUGCGCAUGAUGGACCAACCUGAGGUUGUGGAUGAGCAAGGUGUGAACAUGCUUGAAAUGAAUCUCGGGAAGGCCAGAACAAGGAACAACCAGUUGAAAGAACUAAUGUUGCAGCUGGAAGGAACAGCCAGCCAGCAGAAACUUCGGAUCCAGACACUGGAACGGAGCAUUCUUGAGAUCCUCGCAGAUAUCAAGAACCUGGAGGAGAUCCGGGAUAAUCUCCCUCCAAAGUGUUACAACAUCCAACAGAUUGAGAGACCAUGAAGCCUUUGUGGGUAACGCAGAGCAGACUUCCAUAUACGCUCAUUUGCUUGGUCUUGCACACAGCAUCAGGGUUAGGCCAAUGGUUUGAGGUGAUUCAAGGCAUCAAGGCCUCCCAAGACUGGCUGCAUAUGGCUCCACUGAACAGAUCCUUUAGAAGUUCUCUUCGUCAGGCAGGGGUAACAGCUGCAUCUCUGGGGGUUGUGAUGCAACUGUUACCUUUGGGUUAUGGCAGCAUUGGAAGAGAUCACUGUUCCACUCGUCCCAUUCUGGGGGAGCAAGAGGGAAAUGCCCAGAGUGCAUGAAGAAGCUCACCAUAACAAACCCAGUUCAUGAGAGACCAGGUU